AUGGCGUCCCGGGGACCAGCGGGCCUCCGCCCGCCAGGCGUCCCGGGGACUGACGGGCCUCCGCCAGCCAGGCGUCCCGGGGUACGGGCGGUCCUCCGCCCCACGAGUAGUCCACCCAGGGAACCGGCGGGCCUCAGCCCGCCAGGCGUCUCGUGGGCGUACCCGUGGGCGAGGCCCGCUACGGUUUCCGGGAAGGGGCAUGUGAGGCCCGCCAGGUGUCCCGGGACAGGUGGGCGAGGGCCCGGCCAGGCGUCCCGGGAUGGAUGGGCAGGCCUUGACGGGUGGGCGAGGCCCGCUACGGGUCCAAGGAGGAGUGGCAGCCGGGCCCGCCAGGCGUCCCGUGGACGGGCGGGCAGCGGUCCCGCCCAGGCAUCCCGGGGGACAGGCUCUCCGCCGCCAGGCGUCCCAGGGACGGGCGGGCCUCUGCCGCCCGCCAGGCGUCCCAGGGACCCGGCGGGCCUUCCGCCCGCCAGGCGUCCCAGGGACCGGCGGGCCUCAGCCCUCCAGGCGUCCCGGGACGGGCGGAGCCCGCCAGGCGUCCCGGGGACCGGCGGGCCUCCGCCCGCAGGCGUCCCGGGACCGGCGGGCCUCCGCCCGCCGGGCGUCCCGGGGCCACCGGCGGGCCUCCGCCCGCCGGGCGUCCCGGGGACCGGCGGGCCUCCGCCCGCCGGGCGUUCCGGGGACCGGCGGGCCUCCGCCCGCGGGGCGUCCCGGCCCCGGGGACCGGCGGGCCUCCGCCCGCGGGGCGUCCCGGGGACCGGCGGGUGUCCCGGGACCGGCGGUCCUCCGCCCGCCAGGCGUCCCGGGGACCGGCGGGCAGAAGGCCGCCAGGCGUCCCGGGGACCAGCGGGCCUCCGCCCGUCCAGGGCGUCCCGGGGUACCGGCUCGGGUCAGAAUGGCCCAACCCGCCAGGCGUCCCGGGAGGACCGGCGGGCCUCCGCCCGCCAGGUGUCCUCCGGGGUGGACCGGCGGGUGCCUCCGCCCGCCACGGUGCCCGUGACCCGGGGACCGGCGGGCAUCCGCCCGCCAGGCGUCCCGGGGACCGACGGGCCUCUGCCAGCCAGGCGUCCCGGGGACGGGCGGUCCUCCGCCCACGAGGAGUCCCAGGGACCGGCGGGCCUCAGCCCGCCAGGCGUCUCGUGGGCGUCCCGUGGGCGAGGCCCGCUACGGUUUCCGGGAAGGGGCAUGUGA